CAGGGCAGUGCAGUUGCACAAACAUGACACAUUCACAUCUCUAUUUCUUGUGUACAUAUUGUGGCACCCACUGACUGCUGAGCACACAAACCGUCCACCGUCGGCAGCCCGAGCCGCACCCUUGUCUAGAUGCUGAAAAGGCUUGAGUUUGACAAUGGAAAAACCUCUUGUCUGCACUCACUGCAGACAGUCUUCUUCUCAUGUUACAACAAAAGAGGGCGCAGUUCAAAACGGCCUUCAUCGAGAUGACCCAUUUUCCACAAAUGCAGUUGAAGAGUACAACAGAAAGGACAAAACCCACAGUGGAAUUCCUAUCAGUUCAGAGAAAGCUCUCCAGGAGAUGUUAUUGCUCAAGAAGCCCAACCUGCCUGACGAUUCACAAGUCCUGAAUGUCGCCAUCAUCGGGUCACCCAACGCUGGCAAAUCAACACUUAUCAAUCGACUCAUGGGUCAAAGGAUUUGUUCGGUCUCAAGUAAAGUCCACACAACGCGCUCUACUGCCCUGGCUGUUCUCACAAGAAAUAAUACACAAAUUGUGUUAUUGGAUACUCCUGGUAUGGUUAGUCACUUACAUGGGAGAAGACAUCAGUUAUCACGACCUCUGCUAGUUGACCCCAAGAACAGCCUGGAAAAAGCAGACCUUGCUAUUGUGCUAGUAGAUGCUUCAAACAAGUGGACAUGCGAGAAAAUAUCCCCUGAGAUAUUGGUGGCUUUGCAUCAUAAUCCGAACGUACAAUCUGUAUUAGUGCUCAACAAGGUUGACCUGAUCAGCAGCAAGCAGCAACUGUUUUCUCUCACCGCUCAGCUGACCGAAGGAGUCAUCGGCAACCAUAAAUUCACACUGGACAAUAGGACAGCCUACUCUCUAGGCAAGGUCGAGACGAGUCCCAUGCUCUCACACAAAUACAAACCAAGAAUGCAACCAGAUGAUAUUCAAAGCAUUCCUAUGAACAAAUCAGAGAGAACUGAUCAAGUUCAGGAAGUCACCACAGACUCUAGAGACAAUUAUGAGGCAGACAUUCCAACAUUUGUUCCACAAAAUCCUGAUGCUAAGAACAAAGUACCCAGUAGAAGCAAUGAUUCAAGUUCGACCGAGAGCAGCAUCGACCCUGUAUUAAAUUUAGACAGCGUGUCUCAUCAGAAGUUCAACACUUUAGGAGACUAUGUCAGCACCUUGGAGGGGUUUAGUUCAAAGAGCAGUGCGGUCGAGGCAGAAGAAGUCUCUACAAAAUCUGAAGAGAUGCAGGAGGAUCAGAAGAGGGUGAAGCAGGAGCAACGAGAGCUUUUAAAGAUGAUGAUGAAGAGAAAUGGCUGGGAUGGGUUUGAUGCUGUGUUCAUGAUCUCUGCCCUCAGUGGAGAGGGGCUGGAGGAUGUCAAGGAGCACUUGAUGGAGAAGGCAGUUCCGGGUAUCUGGGAGUACCACGAAGAUGUAGUAACCAAUUUGUCCCCUGAGGAGAUUCUGGUUGAAGCCAUCCGAGAGAAACUACUGGAGCAUCUUCCACAGGAAGUACCUUACAAUCUUAGCCAGAGAAAUGAGUUGUGGACAACGCUGGAUUGUGGGAAACUGCGCAUUAUUCAGAAGAUUGUUUGUCACAAGAAAUCCCAUGUGAACAUGUUGAAGAAAAGGAUUGGCAUUAUAGCUCGGGAGGCAGAGGAUAGCUUAGUGGAGGCGUUCCAUCAAGAUGUUCAUCUUACACUCGGCAUCAAACAAUAAGUCUUUAACCUGGGGCCCAUUUCACAGUGCUACUCAACAUUGAAUUCUGCGUUUUCUAAAAUAAUUACAAUGCCAUGUAUGUGGUGGAGUAAUCUUCAUUGUCAAUUAUCGCCAUGAAACUUGACCCAAAUAACUCAACUGCUUGUAAACUUUGCUAACUGACAAUAACAAUAAAACCGUGUUAUUUUAAAGUGCUUUAUCACACUCGAAGUCAUCUCAAAAGCCUCUUAAGAUUUUCUACAAGGCACUUGAAGCUAUUUUAGAAAUAUGAGGAUGAAAAAAACAUGGCACCAUGUAACAGUUUACAAGGUGAUGUGGUGCAAUCUGCAACUCAUACCAGAGAACACUGUACAAACCCCUUCUCUUUACGACAAAGUGUACUGGCUUCUUUUAUAUGCAUAGGCAACAGUUUACACAUGAGGCCCAUGGCUUUAUGUAUAUCCAAAAGACGUAGCAAAAGUUUUAACCACUUUGAAAAAUGUCUUGAUUAAGGACGUAAGUGUCAAGAUUGAGACUCAAACUCGCACUAGUGCUGGUCAGAAAAGCAGAUAUUGAGUCAAGUGCCCUUGAGUGCCCUUGAUAACCUAGGCAGACUUGACUGAAGAUGUAUUUUAGACAUUCAGCCUCGGGCUCAUGUUUUCAAGAGAAAUAAAAUAACAAAUGCCCCCUGAGAUCAUUGCCCCAGUUGCCCGACGUGUCAAAUAUCGUAACAGCUGUUCAUAAGCAAAUAAUACAUUUAUAACUUAACUAUAUUUCUGUUUAAAUUGCAUGUUUAAACGUGGCCAUGUGAUCUCUCUGCGACUAAUUAGAAUGUAUAAACUGUCCCGGAUAUUUUUGAAUAAAGAUUUAAA